AUGAAUACGUCUCAGCGCACGGGCGUGUACGGCACCUAUCUUCUGGCCGUCUACGAUGCCAAUGAAGGAGAGUAUCAGAGUUGCUGCAAAGUGGCUACUGGGUUCACCGAUGAAUUUUUGGACAAACAUUAUGAUUAUCAUAAGGACAACGUGAUACCAAGAAGAAGAGCUGACUAUGUUGUGAGUGAAAAGAUGACGCCCGAUAUAUGGCUCGACGGAACACAGGUUUGGGAAAUCCAAUGUGCCGAUUUGAGUAUUAGCCCAGUCCACACCGGAGGUAAGGGGUUGUA